AUGGUUCCCCCGGCGCAGCUACGCGCUAUAAUCAGGCGCCGGGCUGCGUCGAAGUCGCGGAAAGAUGGAAGUGGCGGCAAGACCCGGAAAAGAGACUCGAAGCAGAGUGCGGGCGAUGCAUCAUCUUCGAGGACACCGGCUUCGGGCAAAAGAAAGGGACUCGCAGGCGGCGACUUCACCAACAUCAAGAACAGGCUGUGUUCACGUUUCGGCGUGGCGUCACGUCAGACGAACUGCACCACGGCGAACAGCGAGAACUGCGACUCGCUUGCCGAAAGCGCCGAUGAUGCCGGAAACCACAAAACAACAAGCUACACGCCACUUGAGAGCCAAGUUGUGGCCAUCAAGCAGCGACACCCCAACACCGUUUUGCUGGUUGAAUGCGGAUAUCGCUUCCGCUUUUUCGGAGAAGAUGCGGAGCUGGCUUCUCGUGAGCUUUCCAUCAUGUGCAACCGCGACCACAACUUCAUGACGGCCAGUGUUCCAGUUCACCGCUUGGGCUUCCACGUGGAGCGGCUCGUUUCCCGCGGCCACAAAGUGGGCAUAGUCCGGCAGACCGAGUCGGCAGCGCUCAAGUCGGUCGGGACAUCAAAGUCUACCGUCUUCACCCGUGAAUUGACGGCGUUGUUCACCAAGUCGACAUUGAUCGGAGAAGAACUCUCAGCCGGUUGUGAAGACUCAAACAAGGGAGGCUACUUGAUAUCCAUAUGCGAGGCUGACUGCGCGACGCCAAAUCACAUACUCGUCGGGGUUGUGGCGGCCCAGCCGACCACGGGAGCAGUUCUCUACGACACGUUCGAGGAGAGCGCAUCGUCCUGUGAACUAGAACAGAGACUCGAGAGCCUUCAACCGGUCGAGAUUCUUCUAUCUGAGAAGUGUCACUCUAUGUUGGAGAAAACCGUGUGCAAUUUCACAAGCUCAAGUCGUGAAGGUGUGCGUGUGGAGCGGCUUCUGCCAGAUCACUUCAAACUAUCUCCCAGCCUAGACACUCUGACUGCCUUCUACUCGGCCGACAAGAAUUCGUCGAGUAUCGCCCAGCUGAUGGCAAUCCCGCCGGUCAUCAUCUGCUGCGUUGGCUCGCUCCUGGAAUACCUCAAAGCAUUCAAACUGGAGGAAAUUCUCAGAGACAUCAGUAAUUUCACUCCUAUAUCUGGUGGAUGUCGCAAAAUGGAUCUCACAGCGGCGACGCUGCGGCGGCUGGACGUGUUUCGGAACUCGACGGAUGGAUCCGUAAAAGGCAGCCUCUUCGGUCACUUGGACCAUGCACUGACGGCCUUCGGUCGCCGCUUACUUUUCUCGUGGAUUGGUCAACCAUUGGCCGACUUGGAGUUGAUAGAAGAACGCCAGCAGGCUGUUGCAGACAUACUCUCGCUUGGAGCCAAGAGCCUCCCCGAACUUCGAAAGUUUCUCUCAAGAAUGCCAGAUGUUCAGCGCGGCCUUUGCGCAAUCUUGCACAAGAAGGUGAAGCCGUCUGACCUCGUGGAAAUAUUGUCUGCGUUGUCCCGUGCACAGAGCCUCUUUUCAGCACUCUGCACCAAUUUUUCUCUCGGCAUCACGAGCACAGCAUUGAAGAACUGCUUUGCCAAUGUCGCGAGGCUCUUGAGAGAUGUGGAAGGUCAUCUGGACUGCCUGGACAUCAGUGCCGCCAAACGCGAUGACAUGGCCACACUUUUCAAGGACUUAUCCGACUACCCCGAUCUUCUGAAAUGCUACGAAGACGUCUUCAACAUUGAGCAGAUGCUUCUUUCACUUCGCAAGGAUAUUGCCGUGCAACUCGGAGUGGCCACAUUUGACUACAAGACAGUCAAUGGACUCCCGUUCCUCGUUGAAGUUCCCAUCCAGAAAACAUCCAUGCUGCCUCGGGACUGGUUCAAAAUAAGCUCGACCAAGACUGUGAGCCGGUUCCGGCCGCCUGCGGUCGAGUCCCUCUACAAGGACCUUUGCGUUGCCAAGGAAGUGGCGCUUAUGCAAAGCCGCAAGUCCUGGCUUACUUUCCUUGAGAAGCUCAGUACGAGGUACACGGACUACCAACAGGCCGUGAGGAGCAUCGCCACUGUGGACUGCUUCCUCUCGCUGGCCGAGACCGCCUCCCAGGCCGGAUAUUGCAGGCCGCAGAUGCUGCCUAAAGACCCGCCUACGAUCCGGAUUGUCCAGGGAAGGCAUCCAGUGCUGGAGCUGAGUUGUGCGCAGCAGCAGUACGUGAGCAACGACACUGACCUCAAUGGAACCAUGCGCUGUUGCAUCAUCACCGGCCCCAACAUGGGCGGCAAGAGCUCGUACAUGCGGCAAGUGGCCCUUGUUGUCAUCAUGGCGCAUCUCGGCUCCUACGUGCCGGCCGAAUCAGCAGCCAUCAGCCUGAUCGACGGCGUCUACAUCAGGAUGGGUGCUGAGGACGACAUCACUCGCUGGCGAAGCACGUUCCUCAGCGAAAUGUUGGAGACCACAGAGAUCCUGGACAGAUGCACCGACCACUCGCUCGUCAUCGUGGACGAGCUGGGCCGAGGCACCGCCACGCACGACGGCACCGCCAUUGCUUGGGCUACGCUUCGCCACAUCGUGGAAGAGAAACGGUGCAUGGCCUUGUUCGUGACGCACUACCCACCGGUCACUCGGAUGAAAAAUCUCCAUCCUAACAAUGUCGUGAACUGCCACACGGCCUUUGAUGUUGAUCAUGAAGAGGCAGUGACGUUUCUGUACAGCCUACAGCCCGGCGCAGCUGAGAAGAGUUAUGGACUCAAUGUUGCCAGACUCGCAAAGAUUCCAGAGCAUGUCGUUGGCCGUGCUCGCGAAAAAGCGAUGGAGCUUCAAAAGGUGAUGAAGACCAAGGAAGAAGUUCAGCUGGAAGCAUGUCGCAGUGCGUUAAGUGAAAGCCCUGGAUAGUCAGGACGACCCUUAGAUAAGCACUUCCAAUUGUUAGGUACUUGUAUAGUCACUUCUAGGUGUUUCCGUAUGUAUGUUUGUCUCAUGAAUCCUUUUGCGUGUGCUGAGCUGUCUGGGGUUGUGAAGACUAACCCGACAAUGUGCUUGCUAGUACCGAAACAUAACUACCUUUGAUGCAUUAAUAAAGCUCUGUUGGGAGCUAAGUUGUGUGAAAAACACCCACUGAUUUAUCUUUAGGGAUUAGCCAUACUCUCGUACACUGUAUGAAGGUCUGAAUUAAUUUUGUUUGAUUCGAAGGCUUUAACUUGCAUUUAGAUCUUGGUACCUGUUUUUGCUUAGAUCUCGAGAGGUAAAUCUUACUGUAAACCGAAAGUAGCAGCUAGAAAGUUAUUUAUCAAAUAUAAGGAGUAAAAUAUGCAAAUACGCUUCAUUAUGCAUGAUUACAUGAAAUGUAAUGCUCAGGAUUAAAACCCUAUAGGAAUCAAAAUAAACUUACUCAUUGAGGCAAUUCAAAUAAAGUUCUGUGUGCAA